AUGGCAAACCGCGGUUACGACGUCGUAGUGGACGUGGACGCAGAGGGCGACCUCGGGCAUACCGACCUGCAAGAGGACCUUGAGUUCCACCCAUCCAACUUUGAAAACGACCAACGAAGCGCCAAAGCGGGCGCCGACUCAGCUCCAUUCCUAGGCGGCAGCUCCUCUCGAGGACGCGACCGAUCCCCUGGUGGCACUCCCACGAAGCACAACUGGUGGUCCAUUCAUUACUAUGAACAAUAUUUUGACGUGGAUACGAACGAAGUCCUUCGCCGCUGCUUGGCAGCCCUGUACCCCCGCUCUAAUUUCCUGGAUGUGUUGGAAGGCAACGCCGAUCUUUACGGGCCUAUCUGGAUCGCAACCACUGUUGUCGUCAUUUUGUUUUUAACUGGUACCAUUUCGCAGUGGCUGGCAAGACAUGACGACGACCACUUCGAAUAUGACUUCCGGUUGCUGUCUGGUGCUGCGGGUCUGAUCUACGGUUACACUGGUAUCUUGCCAAUUGCACUGUGGGGUGCUCUGCGCUGGUUUGGUAGCUCCACGGCCGACCUGAUCGAGUGCUGGGCUCUUUAUGGUUACUCGAACUUGGUCUGGAUCGGGGUUGCGCUUGUUAGCUGGAGCCCGUUGACUGCUCUCAACUGGGCUCUUGUGGGCGUUGGGUUUGCCUGGACAGUGUUCUUCCUUCUGCGCAACCUGUACCCCGUGCUGAAUGCCACGGAUGCGAAGGCGAGCAAGAUUUUAUUAAUAUUAGUGGUUGUGUUGCAUGCCGGCUUGGCCAUCGCCAUCAAGAUCCUAUUCUUUGCCCAUGCGAGCCCUGUCUCUAAGAAAAACAAAGACCACGAUGACGAUGAUAAGAGCCGAAUGUUCUAG